UAUUUGAUUUGAUUGAAAAAGGAGGAAGAGGGAAGAGGGAAGUGGGAAGCCAUCAAUGGCGGAUUCAUCAUAUGGACCUGCCAGUUUCUGGACGCAAGCCCAUGCUUUGCUCAGGAAAAACCUCACUUUCCAGAAACGAAAUAGCAAGACAAAUAUUAGGCUCAUUUCAUUCCCAUUUUUUCUCUGUUUGCUGAUUCUUCUCAUCCAAAGUUUGGUUAACUCUGAACUGAACAAGCCUAAGUACAAGUGUGGCUGCUCUUGUAUUGACACAAAUGGAACUGGUACAUGCGAGCAAGUAUGUGGGAUUCAGUACUCGACUUUGGACCAAGCAGCCUCCUGUGCCAUUUCUAGUCCUCAGAAAUGGCCAGCUUUGUUGCAAGUACCAGCUCCCCAGUAUCGUGCGGUAAGGACUGACUUUAUUCCUUUCACGGACGUGCCUGAUGGUUCCUGCCGUGGGACUGGAUCCUGUCCUGCUGCCAUACUUCUCACUGGGAAUAAUAGAUCUCUUGGAGAAAACUUGGCAAACAAUUUUUUCACUGGUGCUUUCUCUGUGAAUUCCUCAGAUAUGUUAAAUAGUUUAGCCAACAAUUUGCUGGGAUCAUCCUCAAUGACAGAUACAGACAAUUUUCUUGAGCCAGCUUUCUUUUCAGAUGUUCCCCUUUAUAACAUUCAACCCCGGUGCACGCAAAAUUCUUCAUUUUCUGUUCCUAUCCAGAUAUCAUCCACUACAGUUCAGCAAGAGGUAAGAUGUGCCCAAGGUUUAAAUUUAUGGCGGAGUAAUUAUUCAGAGAUAAAUGAUGAGCUAUAUAAAGGUUAUUGGAAAGGGAAUGCCGAGAGAAAGAUUAAUGAAAUUAUUGCAGCCUAUGAUUUCUUGGACUCAAAUGUGAAUAAUUUUAAUGUAAUUAUAUGGUACAACUCUACCUAUAAGAAUGACACAGGAAAUGCUCAGAUGGGUUUGGUCCGGACUCCACGCUCAGUGAAUGUGGCCUCCAAUGCCUUCCUUCAGUUCCUGCGAGGUACUGGCACGAAAAUGUUAUUAGAAUUUGUCAAAGAAAUGCCCAAACGUGCAUCCAAACUCAAGCUGGAUUUUUCUUCUCUUCUUGGUGCUCUCUUCUUCUCAUGGGUUAUUUUGCAACUUUUCCCUGUUAUACUGACAUCUCUGGUUUAUGAGAAGCAACAAAGACUAAGAAUCAUGAUGAAAAUGCAUGGGCUUGGUGACGGUCCUUAUUGGAUGAUUUCCUAUGUUUAUUUUCUUUCCAUAUCCUUAAUCUACAUGUUAUGUUUUGUUACAUUUGGCUCACUUAUAGGUAAGAGUGAGUCCCCUGAAUUGAUUUGCUCCACCUUUCUUUCAAAUCCGGUGGUUUCUAACUUAGGCCUAUUCUUACUUACAGGCUUAAAGUUCUUCACAAAGACUGACUACAGCAUACAAUUUGUAUAUUUUUUCGUCUAUAUUAACUUGCAAACUUCGCUUGCAUUUUUAGCAGCAUCACUUUUUGCAAACAUCAAGACUGCUUCAGUAAUAGGGCACAUAUGCGUCUUCGGAUCAGGCCUCCUAGGAGUUGGUCUUUUUCAGUCCUUUCUUCAAGAUACAUCCUUUCCAAGGGCCUGGAUCGUAGUUAUGGAGAUAUUUCCAGGAUUUUCUCUAUAUCGUGUGCUAUAUGAGUUUGGUUAUUAUUCUUUUACGGGUGAUCGCAUGGGAACUGAUGGGAUGCGGUGGAAAGAUUUGAAUGAUGGCACAAAUGGAAUGAUAGUGGUUUUAAUUAUCAUGUUCGUAGAAUGGUUGCUAGUGCUUCCUGUUGCAUAUUAUUUUGAUCAAGUUGUAUCAUCUGGAACUGGUGUGCAAAAGCAUCCUCUAUUUUUCUUGCCCAAAUUCCAGAAGAAGAAAUUACCAUCUUUUCGGAAGCCUAGUAUGCAAAGACAAGGAUCUAAAGUAUUCAUUCAAAUGGAGAAGCCUGAUGUCUCCCAAGAGGCGGAGAAAGUUGAACAGUUACUUCUUGAAUCCAGUACAAGCCACGCAAUUGUCUGUGACAAUGUUAAAAAGGUUUAUCCAGCAAAGGAUGGAAACCCAGAAAAGUUUGCCGUUAGAGGGUUAUCUCUUGCUUUGCCCAGAGGGGAAUGCUUUGGUAUGCUUGGUCCUAACGGUGCCGGGAAAACCUCUUUUAUCAAUAUGAUGAUUGGACUCAUAAAGCCUACCUCUGGAACAGCAUUCAUUCAGGGCUUGGAUAUACGAACUGAUAUGGAUAAAAUAUAUACCAACAUGGGUGUUUGUCCACAGCAUGAUUUGCUUUGGGAAACAUUAACGGGAAGGGAGCACCUACUAUUUUAUGGAAGAUUGAAGAACCUUAAAGGUUCUGCAUUAACACAAGCUGUGGAAGAAUCUCUUAGGAGUGUAAAUCUAUUUCAUGGAGGAGUUGCUGAUAAAAAGGCUGGGAAAUAUAGUGGAGGUAUGAAGAGGAGGCUUAGUGUUGCCAUUUCACUGAUUGGAGAUCCUAAAGUUGUCUAUAUGGAUGAGCCUAGUACUGGAUUAGAUCCAGCUUCUAGAAACAAUUUGUGGAAUGUCGUCAAGCGUGCAAAGAAAGACAGGGCAAUCAUUCUAACCACUCAUUCAAUGGAAGAGGCAGAGGUUCUCUGUGAUCGGUUGGGGAUCUUUGUAGAUGGCGGUUUGCAGUGCAUAGGGAAUCCAAAACAGCUCAAGGCUAGAUAUGGCGGAUCAUAUGUGUUUACAAUAACAACUUCGAAUCAAGAGGAGGAGGUGGUGGAGGCCAUGGUACGCCGUAUAUCUCCAAAUGCAUCCAAGAUUUACCAUUUAUCUGGAACCCAGAAGUUUGAACUGCCAAAGCAAGAAGUCAAGAUUGCAGAUGUUUUCCAAGCAGUUGAGGAAGCAAAGAGAAAGUUCACAAUACAGGCGUGGGGCCUAGCUGACACCACCUUGGAGGAUGUCUUCAUCAAGGUUGCUCGAGGGGCCCAGACCUUCAAUGAACUAUCCUGAUUUUCAGAGAUGUUAAUUGUACUUUAUUUAUUUACUUUCUCUUCCUUUUUUCCCCCCUUAUUCUUUUUCAUUAAUGUCAUCGAGUACUUGGUGUUUACGCCGUGUAGAUGUUCUUGUAAGAUAAGUGAAUUAGUCUAUUUUGUUGUACCUUGACGAUUGCAUCCUUCAUAAAUUUUUAAAGCAACCAAUA